AAAUGUUUUGUUUCUUACACAUCGUUUUCCUAUGUAGGUUCCUUGUAAAGGGACCUACAUGUUGGCAACAUGGGACACACAGCUGAACUGCUGCUCCAAAUCUGCAUCAGGUGGAUGGAGAAAACAACUUUCUUUGUGAAAAUCAUGCUGGGCUUUUACUUUACUUUGACAAGGAAAAAGAAAAUUAGCACACAUAUGUCACACUCAGUGGGGUACAGUAGGACAGGGCAGGGCUGUAUGUGGAGCCGGAUCAGAGGUGGUAAACAGUCUGAUCCCCUCACCGACAGUCAGGAGCUGGAGGGUCACAGAUCAUCUUCCACUUCUCUCCUUUUACCAUCUCUGCCUACAAACAGAAAAACCCACAGAGGCGAAAUGGAAAAACACCCAAAGAACAUCAUCUGACUCGAUCCGUAGACGUCGGUUUCUGGAUGAACUUUGGGACUUCAACUCCUCAAGCUGGAUUUUCCUUCUUUGGGCUUAUUUCUUAGUCACAUUUUGUGAUUUUAAUCAGCAUUUUUGGGCUGUUUUAGUGUUUUGUUUUUUUAAAAAAUACUAUACGUGUUCUGGACGUCAAUGGCAGUCGGUGUGCUCGACUCACAGACAAAAAGCUCCUUAAACGGGAGCACAUUUUUUGACCGUGGCUCUUUGAAAGAGCAGGAACUUCCACCUCCCCUCCGGAGCUACCUUUGUUUGACCAUGUUGGCGUGCUUCUGUCCGGCGUACCCUGUCAACAUAGUGGCCCUGGUCUUCUCUGUCAUGUCUAGAAAGAGUUACUAUCAAGGUGACUAUGACGGCUCCAAGAGGCUGGGCAGGAGCGCCUUGUACGUCUCCAUAGCAUCGAUCAUCAUCGGCCUUCUCGUCAUCGCCGUCACCUGCAUCGUUCAUUUCACCACAAUGGAUCAUUAGCACCGAGAGGAAGGGAGAA